UUUUAAAAAGUACCUGUGUGAACUAAUACAGUUAUUACUUUGCUGGGAGUAUUGUGCAUUGACCAAGCAAGAUGGCAGGGUGUCGGCCUAAGUUGCGUGUCCUACUCUUCCUUACCUGCGUUGUAGUACUCACAGUGACCAUGUCCACAUCGCCAGCACAGGCAGAGGAUGCCACUCUGAUUAUCCCAGGCGAUCCGAGCGCCGCCGCCCCCUACUGUGACCUCGUGGAGGCUGUUCUGGCAAAGUUCUCUCUCGCUAAUAUCUUUCCGGAUGAUAAUGGCUUUUUGCGACGCGUGGCAUAUGCAGAAUCGGCUGGAACAAUUUCCCCCACGGUCGGUCAAGGAGGUCACGGACCAUGGGCUGCCAAGAGGUUUAUGCUGAACAUCACCCAGACAACGGAUAACACAUCGAGUGAUUUCCAAGCAGUCGACCCUCUUCGUCAAGCCAUUCUGAGCAGCACCGCGUUUCGAAAUGGAGUUGGUGGCUUUCUCGACUGGCAGCAGGUUCCGUUCGAGCUUUUGCAGAUUCCUCUUCUGUCAGCACUGGCAGUACGCCUGUAUCUACACAUCCUCAUCUCGCGAGACGCCAGCCUUUCCGCCGUGCCUCUUCGCUUGGAUUCACAGGCAACUCUAUGGGCGAAGAACUUCGCGGAGCAAACAGACAAGGACCUGUCCAGUGCAGACGAAGACAGGCGUGCUCAACUGUUCGUUAAUCGCACACGCCAAUUUGAUGACGAAUGUGCUUGCAACGCAAAUGUUGAUAUGUCCUUCGUCCUGGAUAUGUCUGGCAGCGUUCGCCGAACUGGAUUUGCGCAAUCUACAGCGUUUGCAGCAGCCAUUGCUUCCAGUUUCAACGUAGGCCCCAAUGCCACUCGCAUUGGUCUGGUGACAUUCUCCACAAACCCAGUACUGAACUUUCCCCUGGAUCAUUACAAUACGACUGACAGUGUGGCAGACGCUAUCAGGAACGCAAGAUACCUUGGCGGCCGCACCAGGACUGCACGCGCAAUCUCCGCCAUGAUCAAGUACGUGUUUAUGCUGAACAAUACUGUGACAAGCACCAGCCCAGCGGUGGCUGUAACCACUGCAACGCCCACCACUACACCAGCCGAAACAACGACAGCACCAGCGACAACUGUGCCACCAUUUUUCGACCAACUGCCCGACUUCCCUGGCGGUGGAGGUGUUCCAUCGAUGCCCGGACUACCCACCAGCAGUGAGCCUCCCGUCACCAGCACGGAUGCUGUGCCAACGGUGGCACCGAUUUACGUCCAGCCUCGCGUUGGUAUUGUCAUCACGGACGGGAAAUCUAUGGAUAACGUCCUGCCUGUUUCGCAACUCGCGCACAACCUUGGCAUCACCAUGUUUGCCAUUGGUGUAGGCAAUAUCAAUCAGCAGGAGUUGGAGGAGAUCGCAUCAGACCCAGACGAAGCACACGUGUACAAGGUGAACGAUUUCUCCGUCAUUGAGAACAUCAGGACAAGCAUUCGCGAGAGGACUUGCAGAUCUCCUGCUCCCGUUGACCUGGAACAGCCUGUCGGUGGAAGUCUGACGGAAAACGAAACCCAGUUUGUCACUGUCCCCAUCCCGCCAGAGGACCCUGCAGUUACUACGGUGACCAUCACCUCGCAAACAGGUGAUCUCGGCUUCUUCGCUUCAUUCAGCUUUCCCAAUCCGAAUGCAGCGCUGAAUGAUGCCAGCGGGGAGGUGCUUAGUGGCCAGACAGCUCACUUCCUGGUGACAGACGAGCAAGCGAUUGAGAAUUCAGCUGCCAGUGCAGGGCGAAGGCGGCGCCGCCGAGACACGGCGUCAUCGGAUAAAGCAAGGCAGCUGUACAUAUCCAUUGUGGCCAGGUCGGACACUGCUCAGUUCUUGAUGCAGGCUCAGUCAGGUAAUGUGAUCCCGACCACAGCUACGGAACCUGCACCCACAGUCAUGCACCGGGAUACCGAGCAAUCAUUCGGCUCUACUGGCGCCCAUUUGCCCACGUUGAGCAUCUUCACCUUGAUCAUGUGUGCAGUUGCUGUGCACUUAGCCGGUAACAGUGCCAAAGGAGGACUAACCAGCGCUCAGCGUCUUGAACAGGAACAGCAGCGGGAUCUGAUCAUGUCUUCCAAACAUCGCGACUCUCGCUUGGCGCCAUUGAUCAUACCAGUAGUUCUUCUGGCCGCAGCCUGCAUGCCGUCACAAGCAGAAGAUGCUACCCUGAUCAUCCCGGGGCCUGGCGAUGAGACCCAGGUUCCGUACUGUGACAUUGUGGAGGCUGUUCUGGCUAAGUUCUCUCUGUCCAACAUCUUUCCCAAUGACAAUGGCUUCAUGCGACGUGUGGCGUAUACGGAAUCGGCUGGAACAAUUUCCGCCACGGUCGGUCAAGGAGGUCAUGGGCCAUGGGCUGCCAAGAAAUUUAUGCUGGAAAUCACUCAAACAACGAAUACCACGUUGAGCGAUUUCAAAGCAGUCGACCCUCUUCGUCGAGCCAUUUUGAACAGCACUGUGUUCCGAAAUGAAGUUGGUGGUUAUCUCGACUGGCAGCAGAUUCCGUUUGAACUUCUAAAGAUUCCUCUUCUGUCAGCGGUGGCUGUUCGCCUGUACCUCCACGUUCUGGUUAGCAGAGACCCAACCCUGCUCGCUGUGCCACUACGUCUGGACACGCAGGCGGCGCUAUGGGCCAAGGACUUCACGGAUACGAUGCCUUCGAGCACUGGCCUGGACGAGCGUGCAAGCAUGUACAUCAACAACACGAGGAAGUUCGAUGACCAAUGCGCUUGCCAUUCUGAUGUUGACAUGGCAUUCGUCAUCGACAUGUCGGGAAGCGUACGGGCAGCUAACUUCAAAUUAGCGACGGGGUUUGCAGCAGAUAUUGCAGCCAGUUUUGAUAUCAACCCCAAUGGCAGCCGUGUAGCACUGAUUACAUACUCUACCUCGUAUACUAUCAACUUUGACUUUGACAAGUAUGGCACUGCACAGAGUGCUGCUGCUGCUCUCCGAGCUGCUCCUUACACAGGCGGCUAUACACGCACGGGAAAAGCAAUAACAGCCAUGACCAAACAGCUGUUUAUGCUGAACAUCACAAAGCCUACCACUGCAGCACCGACAACAAUGGCCGCCACGACAUCAACCACUGAACAGGCCAGCGACCCAGGUAGUCCGGGGGCUGGAGAGGGAGGCGGUGGUGCAUUUAUACCAACACCUCCACCAGAGCUCUCAACGCAGAAUCCAACUGUGGCCACCACACCUGUUAGAAUACAGCCCCGCGUGGGCAUCGUGCUUACAGACGGAAAAUCGCACGAUGAUGUUGGGCCACCAGCAACGCUUGCGCACGGCUUUGGUAUCACACUCUUCGCUAUUGGCAUAGGAAAUUACGACCAAACGGAACUGGAACAAAUCGCGUCUGAUCCAGAUGAGGCUCACGUCUUCACCAUCAGCGACUACCGCAUCAUUGACAACAUUCGAACAAGCAUCCGUGAACGCACAUGCAGAACCCCCGCGCCAGCGACAUUCGAAGAGCCUAUUGGCGGCACGCUGAAGGAGAAUGAAACACAGUUCAUUGUAACGCCACUACCCGAGGGAGAGCCUCCAGUCGUCACGGUUACACUCACAUCACAAGAAGGUGACCUGGGUUUCUUCGCAUCCUUCAGCUUCCCAAACCCUAAUGCAGCCCUGAACGAUGCCAGUGGCAUCGUUCCAAGUGGGGAGACAGGUUACUUUCUAGCUAAGGAUGACAGUGGCAUCAAUGUCAGGGAGAGCCGCCGGCGGCGACGUCGUAGCUCUGCUGGUGACACGGUCAUAGGCGGCCAGGUGCUGUACAUGUCGGUGGUAGCCAAGUCGGACAACGCACGCUUUGUUCUGAGAACGCAGUCGGGAGAUCUCGUUCCCACGCAAAAGCCACAGUUUUCCGGUGCCGUCCCACUGCGCAGCACGUUGUUCGGUGGCCUGCUGCCUAUGCUCAUCACCGCAGUCUGGCUGCUAGUCUAACAUGACACCGACAUUGUUCACACACCGACGACGUUAGUCUUUACAGUUUUCUUUGUUAGACAAUCCUCCGAAAGCAAAUGGAUGCGUAUCUAGAGUUGUCAUUGCGAAAAAUAUAUAUAUUCUCCUGGUGGUCACUACUAAAUGUACUACUACUACUACUACUACUACUACUACUACCGGUACUACUUAUCAUGUGCGUUCAAGGGAACUCACGACGGCUGCCAGUAAACCCAUUGCCUCUGUAUCUUGAACGAUAUUUUUAUCAUAUUAUUUUCUCUCUGCAAGGUGUUGUAUCUCCCAUUA